AUGGCACCGACCAAAUGGAACAAGUUCCCAAAGGAAGGUUUGGAUAAGCAGUUGACCAGUCACCCCAAGUGCCGAGCUCAAGACCAGUCUUUUAAGGCUGGUCUUUCAACCCUCAACCAAACACACGAGCCUCCCCGAGAUAACCUAACACAGCAGCAGAUCGACCGACGUUGGAGUUGA